GAUUGCAAGGCAAUGCUUUGGGACUUGAAUGAAGGAAAACACUUGUAUACAUUAGACCACACAGACAUUAUCAAUGCUUUGUGCUUUAGUCCUAACAGAUACUGGCUGUGCGUUGCUACUGGUCCAAGCAUCAAAAUUUGGGAUUUGGAAGGCAAGAACAUGGUUGAUGAACUACGACCUGAGGUGAUAACAAACAAUGUUAAGGCUGAGCCUCCACAGUGUAUUUCUAUGGCCUGGUCAGCUGAUGGUCAGACACUGUUUGCUGGCUACACGGACAAUUCAAUCAGAGUAUGGGGCGUCAGUCCAGGAACUCGUUAACAGUGUAUCAUAUAAAAUAAAUAUCUAAAAAAAGUAUUGUA